GAAUUUAACAGUAUCGCCUGCACAAGUCUCUCCAGCAUCAGCUCCGCUGGUAUUUCCUACAGAUGGGCUUUGUCCGCGAAUUUUGAUUGAAAGGAUUCUGCAAGACUAUCUCACAUAUGUUUAUCCACUAAUCCCAGUGGUAAACAUGACAUUUCGUAUCGAAUAAGAAUACCGCACACUAAUUCGAUCAAAGGUACAUCGGCCUAGUUUCCGUCGAGACCUCCUUCAGAACAGAGAUAUUCGAGACGAGGUGUUCCUAGGCUUUGUGUUGGCUCUCUGUGCUAUUGUCGUAGGUCUCAUGCCAUCGAGAUUUGAUGAAUAUAUCAAGCUAGAUCCGCCGAUACCUUACACAUCGCGUGCUGAGAUGAUCAACCGUUGCUAUGAUAUGAUAAUGGCUUUGCGCGGCCCGACAUAUUUCGACGAAAUUAAUUUCCACAAGUUCGCAAUUGCGUAUUUAUUGAAUAUCACCUUUUUCCAACUCGGUGAACAGAAUCGUUCGAGAAUGGCGGAAUGCGAGGGUAUGCAACUAGGGCGCCUGCUGAACCUACACAAAUCAUCAGAGGAAGAUGGGUUGAAUUGUAUCGAAGUUCAACUACGAAGAAAGGGUUUUUGGCUUCUGUUCUAUGGUUAUGUACACUCUCAGCUUCAAAAUCUGCGUAAAGAGAAACUUACGUUCCUUGACCCUGUGCUCAUGCAAACAAUCGACCUACAAGGGCUUCUUCCCAAGGAAGUGGACGAUGAGUUGAUAUUGGACGACAUCAUUUUGCCAGCUUCAGCGCCAGAAACUUCCUUGACAGCUGGAUUCAUAGUCCAUUCGAAAGUAUUUGGGGCAGCUUUGGGACCCUGGACGUCCAUAGGUAAUCUCCAUACGCCAAGGACGUGUCAAUGCCAACGUGCUUCGAACAAAGCCGAAAGUGUGACGUACUUAAAUGAGCGUUUGCACGAGCUCAAGUAUAUACUAGACGUUAUACCAGGCCCUCUAAGACAAUGGGCACAGGCACCAGCUAUCACACCAAGCUUUGAUGAGGGUUCACCAUCGGCUACCGAUCUUCAUGAAGAUGUUGUGCAGCUUCAGUUUGCGACAAUGCGCGCAAACCUUCAUGUGACGCAUUUAUGGCUACAGAGCAUUGUCAUAGAUCAACUUGAUGCUGCGGAAGGAACGAACGACCCUGAUAGUCUUAGCAGGAAAGCACUCUGGGCCCAGCGAGAAGAGGUCUGUCGGCAGUUGCUACACGUGCUACACACCAUUCCAGAGAGUGCUCUAGAACCCAACGGAUUGCACCUAACGUUCAAAGUCCGUGAUGUCGCAGUUGGGAUGCUGGCAUGUCCAUAUGGCGAAGAAGAAAUGCCAUCUCGGCGAGCUGCCGAGUAUGUCCGGGAGCUGACGGCCAUACUAUCCCGUCUCGACCGCAGUGAAAGGAUCAACACGGCCAAUUCGCAAAGCUGGGUGGAUACCGACAGGAUCAAAGACAUUCAGGUCGGCGAUAUGACACAGUUCGGUGAUUGGUGAAACGCUAGUUACUAAUCAUUCAAUAUUUAAGGAAAACACAG